AUGCAACCCAGCUUUUUGAGCAUCCCCAUCCCCAACCUCAUCCUUCAAGAUGGCCUCGAAACCGGUGACGCUGCAGGUCAAGGCGCGAGGUGGGUGACUGUCCGGCUCGCGGAGCGUCUUGCAGCAACGGACGUACAAUCUCACCGGUCAGCAGGCAAACGCAUCCCCCAGUUGCCCUCCGAGACCAAAAUCUACAUUCAGGGCAGCACCAGUGACCUCUACCACCGCAUCGCCGCCGAGUCCCGCUUCUCCGUGCACCGUCUGCGCAUCACCACCUUGGAUGGCAAGCUGAUCCCCAACGACAAGCAGACGACGGUCGACAGCGUGGGCCUCAAGGAUGGCAGCACCAUCCAGGUCAAGGACUUGGGCAGUGAACCAGGUUUGCAAAUUGCAUGGCGAACCGUCUUCGUGAUCGAGUAUCUCGGCCCGCUUCUCAUCCACCCGCUCUUCUACUUCCUUCGCCCGUACAUCUACUCCAACGCACCUUCCGAACCCUCGACCCUGCAGACCCUUUCGUGCCUGCUCAUCUCGCUGCACUUUGUCAAACGCGAGUUUGAGACGCUCUUCGUGCACCGCUUCAGCAAUGGCACCAUGCCGGCAUUCAACAUCUUCAAGAACAGCGCACACUACUGGGGAUUGGCGGGUGUGCUGAUUGCCGCCUUCAUCUAUUCGCCAACACACGCAACGGCUGCUGAAGGCAAUCCUCUUCUCACAUACCUUGCCCUCGCGCUCUUUGUAGUGGGAGAACUCGCCAACCUCAACGCCCACUAUGUGUUGCGAUCGCUGCGAUCACCAGGUGGUACUGAGCGUGGAGUGCCGCAAGGCCUGGGCUUCAGCUGGGUUACGUGUCCCAACUAUCUGUUCGAGACUGUCGCAUGGGUGGGCAUCACAUUGAUCACUCGCUCUUGGACAACACUGGUCUUCGUCGCGGUUGCCGUUGGGCAGAUGGCAAUCUGGGCCCAGAAGAAGGAAGCGAGAUAUCGCAAGGAGCUUCCUGGCAAGUACCAGAAGAAGCGCUUCGCCAUGAUUCCUGGCAUCAUAUGA